AUGGCUCAAAGAACCCUUGGGCAAAGGGUAUCUACUGGCGUUGUUGCUGGCAUAUUGUUGAUUUUGACAGUACUCCUAUUCCUCGUCCUCAUUCGCUUCAAAGAAGUCACAAUCAUUCCCGAGUCCAAGACGGAGGAGAUGGACAGGUGGACCACCGCUCGCAAAGAAUCUCUCAAGCGUCGCGAGUCGAUACCCGAAGAGCAGAUCGAUGAGAAAGCUCUGUUCGCAGAAGAAGAGCCAUGGCGGCCUUUUAUCGUGGGCAACCCAACCAGCAAAACUCGCCGAGUCAAUGUUCUCGAGCUUGGAGGCAUGUCUCGCUUCACAGAGAUCAGAAAAAGAAACAGGCUCAUUGACGCCAGCGCACAUCUCAACAGGGCAGCUUUAGAUGCUGGAUUGGAUGCACUCGACGAUCAACUCAGCGACAUCGAGAGGUAG